AUGGCCAAGUCUCAAAAAGACCCCGAAAUCAUCGCAGUAGCUCGCACCCUCCAGAACACACCGUGGUGCGAGGAGUACGAGAAGAUGGUUUCUGGUAUGAUGUACAACCCCGUCGACCCAAUCCUAGUCGACGGUCGCCACCAAGGCCGCUGCCUCGCGCGUGACUUCAACGAGAUCGACCACCGCAAGCACACCGCCGACGAGGUAGCUCAGCUCAAGACGGAGACGUUAGCCAAGAUGGUCGGCAAGCUGGGCGCGGGCACCUUUGUCGAGGCGCCGUUCAUCGUGGACUACGGGUGUAAUGUCAUUUUUGGCAAGAACUGCUUCGCCAACUUCAACAUGACCAUCCUCGACGUCUCCCUCGUCACAAUCGGCGACCGCGUGCAGUUCGGCCCCAACGUGAGCAUCUACACCGCCGGCCACGACACCUCGGUGCUCUCGCGCAUCAAGUUCGUCGAGUACGGACUGCCCGUCACCAUCGAGGACGACUGCUGGAUCGGCGGAGGUGUGACCAUCAUGCCAGGCGUCAAGAUCGGGCGCGGCACGACGGUGGGAAGCGGGGCUGUGGUCACGAAGAGCUUGCCUGCGUAUAGUGUGGCGGUGGGGAGCCCGGCGCGGGUGAUUAAGAAGUUGCAGACGGUGGAGGAGGAGAUGGCAGACCCGGAGAAUAAGUACAGGGAUUUGAAGGGGAAUUUAUAG